CAACUUUUUUGAGAAGGGGGAUUGCUUAGUUAUCACAGCAAGCUGUACAUAUAUAACAAGGAGAAAGGAGAUUGAGUUCGUAUUAUUUGUGGCGUGGUGGCAGCGAAUAGCCGUAGUACCCGUUCGUUAGCUGUGCCUGAUGGCUAAGCCUGUGGCAACAAAAAUCCUUUCUCGCUACAACAUCUGCCCUCCACCAGACUCUACUCCUCCGUCCACCUCUCUUCCCUUAACUUUCUUCGACAUCCCUUGGCUUUUCUUUUCUCCAACUCAACCCCUCUUCUUCUAUCAAUACCCUCACUCCACUGAUCAUUUCCUAUCCUCUACUCUUCCUACCCUUGUCCACUCUCUCUCCCUUACUCUUCACCAUUUCUUUCCCUUUGCUGCAAAUCUUGUGCUGCCCUUGGGAUCCAACAAACCCAUCAUUUCUUACAACCAAGACAACUCUGUCUCACUUACCGUGGCAGAGUCUGAUGCUGACUUUUUUUACCUUUCCGAUUACCAUCAAAGAUGGGCUAAUCAAUUUCAUGCCCUGCUACCAGAAUUGUCAAGUACAACUAGGGGAUCCAUGAAACAAGAGCAAGGGAUUCCUCUGUUUGCUGCAAAACUCACCAUUUUUCCAAAUUAUGGUGUAUGCAUUGGACUUGCAUAUCACCAUGUUGUUGCUGAUGGGAGAACAUUCAACAAUUUCAUCAAGACAUGGGCGUCUUUACACCGUCAACAGUACUGCUCUUCUUCUUCUUCUUCUUCAUCUUCAUCCUCAUCCAUUCAUUCACCACCAUCUUACGAAAGGACAGUGAUCAAAGACACACAUGGGCUGGAGUCCAUCUUCCUUAAGGAGUACUGGUGCAUCCGAAAAUUGUCCACGGAUAUGAAUGGAGAUGGACUGGCUAUUGGCUGUAAUAAUGCUAAUGCAGACUUGUGUGAUGAUAUGGUUCGAGCCACCUUCGUAAUGAGCCCUACUGACAUGGCCAAGAUUAAACAAUGGAUCAUUAAUCAAUGCAAGGAGAAGAAGAAGCCAGAGCCUACGCAUUUAUCCCCUUAUAAUCUAGCUUGUUCUUUUUGUUGGGUGUGUUUGGUGAAAGCAGAUGAUGAGGAGAAACGUUUAGAGUUUGAUGAGGAGGAGGAGGAUCCUACUUACUUGGGAUUCAAUGCGGGCGGUAUUAGCCGGCUGGACUAUCCAGAUUCUUACUUUGGUAACUGUAUCGGAUUUGCUCGAUGCAUGGUAAUUAGGAGGGAGUUGUUGGGAGAGGAUGGAAUGAUUGUGGCAGCAACUGUGAUUGGGAACAAGAUUAAGGAGGUGAACAAAGCAAUACUGGAGGGGGCAGAAAAGUGGAUCUCAGAUUGGGUGGUUUUUACGAAGUCGGAGAAGAGGAAGAAGGUGCACCUUAUGGUUGUGGGAUCACCAAAGGUGGAUUUUUAUGAGACGGAUUUUGGGUGGGGGAGACCUAAGAAAAUAGAGGAAAUUUCAAUAGAUCAUGGGAAUGGGGAUGCAAUAUCUUUAACGGAAAGCAGAGAUAUCAAGGGUGGGAUUGAGGUUGGAUUGGCUCUAUCUAAGCCUAAAAUGGAUGCUUUUGCUUCUGCCUUCACUCGGAGUUUGAAGCUCAUGAAAUGAAAUGAUGAUUUCUUCUUGACUUGAUGAUGGGUUGGGUUGGGUUGGGACUUGAAGGCAUCUAUGGAAACAAAAACAAACAACCUUUCUUCUUCUUUUUCUUCUUCUUCUUUUGUUGUACGGUAAAUUAAUGUUUUCCUAUCAAUCAAUCCACCCAAUUUGCAUUUAGGAUCUUGUGUUGUCCUCGUCGUAAUCUAGAUGUUGGGACUUGAAGGCAUCUAUGGAAACAAAAACAAACAACCUUUCUUUUUCUUUUUCUUCUUCUUCUUCUUUUGUUGGUAAAGUAAAUUAAUGUUUUCCCA